AUGCCCGCAACAAUUCCCUCCUUCGACUCCCUAACCCUCGACCCCUCGGGCCCGCCAGGAAACGCCUGGGGCCUUUUCGGCGCAGGCAACGAACUCGGGAUGCUUAACCUCCUAACUCCAGAACUCGUUCGGAAAGCAGCUGCCGAAGAAAUCCGCGAGGGAAUUCGCAUUUCUCUAGAUUUACCCCUCAAUCGCCUCAGCCAUCCGAGUUUCGGACGCAAGCCGUUUACCCAGGAGCUUGUGAAUAAGGCACCGAGGAUUGUUAAUGAUGAUAUCCUUACGUUUAAUACACAGACGAGUAGUCAGUGGGAUGGGUUUCGGCAUUAUGGUUAG